AAAGGCUGUGGCCGUUUAUCGCUGUUAAAGCCGUUGUGUGUUCUUCCCGUGAGCAGCACUGAGCGAUCUGCGGCAAAAAGCAGGGUUUACAAUGAACCGGAUCAGGAUCCACGUGCUGCCCUCCAGCAGGGGCAGGGUGCCGCAGCCUCCCCGCCUUCAGGAGCAGAUGAGCUGCGCUUACGUCCUUCGCCCGUGCCCCCAGCCCAGACUGGAGGGUCAGGAGUUCUGCAUCAAACACAUCCUGGAGGACAAGAGCGCACCGUAUAAGCAGUGCAGUUAUGUGUCCUCCAAGAACGGCAAGCGCUGUCCCAACGCAGCCCCAAAGAUGGAGAGGAAGGAUGGUGUGGCUUUUUGCGCUGAGCAUGCGCGGAGGAACGCUCUGGCUCUCAGGGCUCAGAUGAAGAAGGCAUGUUCAGGGCCAUCUGCUGAAGCUCUUCUGUCUCAGCUCAGCGGAUACCACCGCACAGAUGCCCACAGCCUAGACGGACGUUCCGAGGCCAGCCGUAUCUUAGAAGAGGACAGUCUGAGUGAGGAAGAGCAGAAUCCUCUGGGACUGGACCAGACAUGGAGAGGGGAACCAGACAGUGAGGCCGAGAGCAAUGACAGCGAACACGAAGACCCUCUCAAACAUGCCGGAGUGUACACGGCUGAGGAGGUGGCUCUCAUCACUCGGGACAAACUGAUCCGGCUUCAGUCUCUUUACAUCGAUCAAUUCAAACGUCUCCAGCACCUGCUCAAAGAGAAGAAACGCCGCUACCUGCACCAACGGAAAGUGGAGCAUGAAACACUUGGGAGCAGCCUGCUGACCGGGCCUGAGGGUCUGUCUCUGAAGGAGCGCGAGAACCUGAAGAAACUCAAAGCUCUGCGUCGCUACCGCCGACGGUACGGCACCGAGGCCCUGCUCCACCGACAGCUGAGGGAGAGGAGACAGGCGCUAACAGACGGAGCUCCUCAGCCUUAUGUUAGAACCGUGACUGAGAAGUGUGUUGCGUUCAUAGACGGGGGGCGCUGUUCUAACCCCUGUCUCCCCAUGACUCGACACUGCCUCACUCACAUCCAUCAGGACAGCAGUCAGGUUCUGUUCAGACUUUGCCCUGGUUUAAAGGACUUACCCUGUGACCGCACCGUCCACAUGGGGCAGUCUGAGGAGCCACGCUGCCCCCUCCACCUACCCCUACCCCCUCCGCUCUAUCAGCCCGACGCACAACUGCCCCCCGCAACCGACCCGCCCUCCACCCGAGACCUGUACCUGAGCGCCGCGGAGCUACAGCCCACAGAGAGCCUGCCUCUGGAGUUCAGUGAUGACCUGGACGUAGAGGGAGAUGGGAUGCAGUGCCCCCCCUCCCCUCUGCAGUUCGACACGGCUCUGGCUCUGGAGGACCAGACGAUCAGAGCCAUCGCCGAGGCUCCCAUGGACAUCCUCACAGGAGAGACCCCCGACGAGCUGGAGGGGUCCGGACUCAGCGAGAGAGACGUCGACUCUAUCAUCGAUGACCAGGUGGUGUCGGAUGUGAUCAGAGCUGAGGAGGAGGCUACAGAUAACUCUCACCAAGAUCUGGACAGCUCCACUUUAGAGGCACCAAGAUGAACCGUCCCACUACAAAACCACAUUCAGACAUUUACACUAACCCUCUGUGACUCUAACAGACUUCUCUACAGACUGGUCCUCAUUUUUAUUCACGUCAAAGGGAAUUUUACUUCAGAACAUGGAGUAAUGCCACAGUUAUGGUUGGUCUAAUUCAAGUUACAUUGGUUUAAAAUGUAAAAUACUUGAAUGGUCCAACAUGUUAUUUGGUUGUUCAUUAUAAACUACAUUCCUUCAAAAACUAAAGCGGUUUCAUUGUGUGUUUGCUUAUUCCAUCGGUGCCAUGUUCGAAUUUUGUGUUAUCUUUUGGACAUCUUAAAACCAUCCAAGUACUUAAAGUUAACUGCUACGUUUGACCCAUAUGUGGAACAUGGUUAGAUUUAAAUAUGGCUCAUGUUUUGGCCUGGGUUAUGGUUAAUAUCUCUGUAAUUACUGCACAUAUCCACAUGAAACACAAACUGGCACAAAGUUCUACAUCUGUCUGCCCAAAUGAACUGUUUUACUGAUUUGGAAAAACAAAAAGUGGCAUGAAAGACUGGUUCUGGUUGGCAUGGUUACACAACUCAUCAGUUAUAAAAAGAUCAAUGCGGUUUUUGUUUUUUUUGCAUAUUUCCUUAGAA